AUGGCACAAGCAGGCAGUCCCUUCCAGCCCAGGCCUGUGCCUGGCCAGCCCUCCGUGUCCAAGCUGGUUCUCCUGGGAAGUGGCUCUGUGGGCAAGUCCAGCUUGGCCCUCCGGUAUGUGAAGCACGACUUCAAGAGUGUUGUGCCAACUGUGGGAUGUGCAUUCUUCACAAAGGUGGUGGAUUUGGGUGCUUCUUCCCUGAAGCUUGAGAUCUGGGACACAGCUGGCCAGGAGAAGUACCACAGCGUCUGCCACCUGUACUUCAGGGGUGCAAAUGCAGCACUUUUGGUCUAUGACAUCACCCAGAAGGAUUCCUUCCACAAGGCCCAGCAGUGGCUGGCGGAGCUGGAGAAGGAGCACCCCGUGGGAGAGGUGGUGGUGAUGCUAGUGGGCAACAAGACUGACCUCGGGGAGCAGCGGGAGGUGACGCUCCAGGAAGGGAAGGAAUUUGCAGAGAGUAAAAAUUUGCUGUUCAUGGAAACCUCAGCCAAAUUGAACGACCAGGUGUCUGAGGUCUUCAGCACUGUGGCCCAGGAGCUACUGCGGAGAGAGAAAGUCAGGAAGAGCCACACCCCGGGGAACGAAGCCGUGGACCUGAAUGAGGGGCCUGCCAGGCAGGCCAGGUGCUGUGCCCACUAG